UGUUCAUUACAAACAAGAAGCUGUGGAGAUAAAAAAGAAAUAAAUAAUGGAACUUACUUUUACUGUGGACUAUUUCAAAUCUACAGUAAACCUUAAUUUUCUUAUAGCUAUUCAUUGCGUUCUUAUAGACCCUUCAUAGUGCCUUAUAGUCUGCUAAACUACACAUUUUUUUACUGGAAAAUGAUGCUAAUUCACCUGCAGAUGGCGCCACAACAGCAUAAUAAAAAUGACCAAUGACUGAUCAUGAAAGCAUCAUUUUCUGUCAAGAUUAAAGCAAAUAUCAGCAGAAUUUAAUGCAUUUUCAUAUUACAUUUGAAAGUUCUCUGUUGUUCCCUUUAGCAACACGUGUGACUUCAACUCCGUCACACAACGGAGCGUCCGGUAAGAUCCGUCAGUUUUUUUGUAAUAUGAAAUUCAGAGAUAUUAAACGUAGUAAAUUAUAGCUUUAAGCGUGUAUGUUUCUGUCGUUCAUUCUAGGAGUUUGUGAGACGUCAAAUGCUGUGCAAACCAUACUGUCUGCACUCGUAGCUGUGAUAGUGAUCCUGUGUGUGCUGCUGUUCGUGGUGUGUUUCCUGCUCGUGCAGCACAGAAGGAAACACAUCAACGCGGCGGUGACGCCCGGGAAGCCAGAAAACGAGAAAUCCGAGCAAGAGAGCGGAACGACGCGUGAUCGGUCUCCACUGGACCGGCCUGACAGCAGAGACCCAGAGCUGCUUCUGAGGAGGACUUUCACCGCAGUCAGAGCUAAAUCGGCCGCUGCUGUUCUCUUCACGUCUCCCUUCUCUGCGUCUGGAAGCGAUCGAGGGGCUGAACAGACCGAGAAGGAGCAGGAGAAGCACGCAGAUGGACACAAAGUGGAAAGUGAGGGAAUUUGGGGGCAACAUUUCACAAACAUCACUGAGAAAAAUGAGAUGCAAACUGACGGCGACAUGAAGAUACAAGGAAACAGCCACUGUGUUUCUGUCGGCACUGACACUGUACCCUAUCUGAGCAUGAGCACCAACCAGAUCACACCUCACCCGGAAAAGCUCAGCAGAGAGUCCACUGAUAGCUUGGGUCAAAGGUCACGGAUGGGUAAAGUAUUAGGGAGGAUCUCCACAUGGCCUCUGACUGCAGCUCAGUGGCGGCAACAAUGUCAAAUAAAGGAGGAGGAGGAGGAGGAGGAGGAGGGAAAUGAAGCUGAGAAGUUUCCAGGUCAAGGGGAGGAAACUGUAAAGAGAGUGGAGCAUCAGGACAAGAGGGCAGAGAAAGAAAAGACAAAUCAAAAGGAAGAUUCCGUAUAUUCUUCAAACCAAGAUUACAAGACCGCAUCUCACUGUGAGGUUGUGAAGCAAGAAGAUCUGACCACGGCGCGGUCGACGCAUCGUAAAAAAAACCCAAACCGAGACGUCAAACCUGCAGAAAACUCAACACACAAGAGCAGACAUGACAGAAGAGAGCAAAGAAAUGAAGAGGGCGCACAAACGUCCAAGGCUCCCCCUGGUGGUGCCUCGCCCGAUGACGACACGCUGCUGAGCGGCAACGAGUACGCCUUCAUGGAUCUGCUGCACGAGGUGGCGCAGAACAGAGGACGCUGGACACGAGACAGGUGGAGACACGUCCAUGCCAACAAGCAGCGGAAGACGGAGGUUCAGACCGUCACAGAUUAACAGUCAGUCAGAUUAACAGAUCAACAAGUGUUGAUAAAGUGGAAGAGUCAGACCCAUAAAGUAA